AGAAAGCAGAGCGAAGAUAUUUGUCUUAGAUUUGAUGAUGAGCUUUGAGAGAUUGAGUUGAACCCCACGUGCACACCUGUUUUGCUGUUCAUCUUCUCCUUCUUCUUCUUCUUCUUCUUCUUCAUCCCCCUGAUGCCACCCCAUCUCACCAACCAUGUCGAUCGUUAGUUGCUUCUCCGUGACAUCCACGGCCUCUCCCAUCCCUAGUGACCAGUCCGUGCCGCCCAACAAGAACCCGCUCAAGCCGGUGGUGGGUUCGGUGUCCUAUGGCGGAGCAUCCACCGGCACAGGUUCGCGGCUCCGCAAGUACUGGGGCGGCGAGGGAGAAGACCCUUUGACCUCCGACGACUUCAUUUGGAACAAGGACUUCGUGGGUCGCUUCAGACGAAUGAUUCAGGACCCUCGUCCUGCUUCUCUUGAAUCAUCAUCCCCAGUUACGGAACAGGAAGAGUCUGCUGGAUUCUUAAGUUUAAACAGAGUCAUGAGCCUUGACAGUCUAGAAGUUGACUUGAGCAAAGACCUCGGUCCUAUAUCAAAGAUUGAGUUGGAUCAGCUGAUUAGGCCACCUUCAGAAGUAAAUAGGAGUGGCAGUGCUUCGCCAAAAUGGAGAUUAGCACCAACACGCCGUGAACAAGAGAAGUGGGAUAGAGCAAGCAAGGCCGCAACUGGCGGCACUGAGGAGAUGUUUCGGGAAUUAAGGCGUCCUCGAGGUGACCCAAAGGUAUUGGCUUCUCAAUCCAGGGAGGAGUAUAUGAAGUUGAAGAGGAAGUUGCAAAUCCUCACCCUAAGUAUUGGUGGCAUUGGUCUCGUCUCAGCUUAUGUCUCUUACACCCCGGAAACUGCAGCUAGUUUUGGCGUCGGGUUGCUUGGUUCCUUGAUUUACGUACGUAUGCUUGGCAAGAGUAUUGAUUCCAUGGCGGAUGGGGCUAAGGGGCUAAUCAAGGGAUCAAUUGGGCAGCCGAGGCUGUUGGUGCCUGUAGCUCUUGUCAUGAUCUUUAAUCGGUGGAAUGAGAUCCUUGUUCCAGAGUUUGGGUAUAUGCACUUAGAAUUGAUACCGAUGUUAGUUGGAUUUUUCACUUAUAAGAUUGCCACCUUCAUUCAAGCUAUAGAGGUCGCGAUUUCACCCGCCAGAUAGAAGACCCAACAUUAAGAAGAAAUUUCUCGCGUAAGCCGGAUUUAUCUAUUUCUUUUGGGUGCCUCUGGCCGUAGGUAUGUUACUUGAUAUAGCCAUGUACUUGAGUUUACUUGAACACUCUCUGAUUUGCAACUUUUCUGGGUUUAUCUUGAACUUCUGAACUGUCUGUUAUAAGCACUUUUUGAUUGUAUGAAUAAAUUGCGCUGGCAUGUCCUUGCAUUCUGUUCCUUCCUCGAUUAAGUUCCCAGGGUUUCAUCUUUGAAAGUGACAUUUUCCCCCACAAAAUAAUUUAUCAGAGUGGACUGUCAAAGUGCCUCAAUAAUGUCAACUCUUACUGUCUCUCUCGUGACAGGCUCUCCCACCCACAAUGCAGAAAUUUGCAGGUUUUUCACAGAGAAAUUUGGCCCAUGAGCACAAGGACUAAUUUCUUGUAAUUGCACAAUGUGUCAUAUUAACCGCAAUCAGUUGCCGAUCAAAGAGGAAUAUGAAUGUGAGACUCGAGUAUAAUUAUCGUCGCAAAUGUGAAUGUUUGGAUAUGGUUAUGGAUCCAACAGGCAUGCUCUUGUGCGUAGUUUCUCGAAAAUAUUCGUGUUUUGAACUUGUUGAUAGCGAUGAGCUUUUCUUUUGCGACGGAUUCGGCGGUAGUAAUCCUUAUACACUUCGGAGUUUGGAGGCUUGUUUUGUGAAAUACGUAAUAGUGUUGUUUUCUGGUGGAAUCCCUUGGAAAAGCCAUUAUAACCUCUAGGAUCACUUGUUUGUAGUUGUACUAGAAUGCUGUUUUCUCUUGGUUUGCCUUAAUAAUAAGGUAAUGACUGGCCCAAACAAAAUGUAAGCUCUUUCAUUUGUAAAGUCCAAAGUCCAAAGUCCAAAGUCGUGGUUUGACUCUCAAUGUAACAUUCGUUACAAUAUGCAGUGAUUUUAGGGGAAAAUUAUCAAAAAAAUCUAAACCUA